AAACAACAUGGACUGACGGAGACUAACGAGCUAACGACACAACACGAAGGGGAAGGGCAGCUGCACGGUGAACCGGGUUGUCUGCCAGCCAUGUAUUCAUUUUCAGGCCCCACGAGCCUUCCUGAAUUCGAUCUCGGAUCUGCAAGUACCUCCGGUCACCUGCAGAGAGAAACUCUAUCCAACAAUUGGGAGACGAGAUCCCUCAGGAAGCACAGGAGGAGAGUUGAAGAUGAAGGAUGCACUGCUAAAAGGAGGCGGUUGAUGUUCGAGGUAGAAGUCGGCCUUUCGGAGAACUCGAGCAGCAGCAGCAGCAGCAGCGGCGGCGGCGCUCGCCGCGACUGGCCCGCAGGUAACGGCAGCCCUCCUGCGCCCGCUGUUCCGCAGCCCCAUCCUGCAUCUCAGAACUUGACUUUGCAGCAGUCGUCCUCGGCUCCCCCCCGCCCAGAGGUGGAGAGCUCCUGCAUGGAGGUAGAAGCAGCUCAGAGGAAACUGCAGGAGAUCGAAGACAGAAUAACACUGGAAGAUGAUGACGAGGAUGAAGAUCUGGAUUUGGAGCCGGCCCCGAGGAGGCCGGUGCUGGUGAUGUCUGACAGUUUAAAGGAGGGUCUGCAGCGCGGCAUCGGCGACAUCCUACCGCACACGGUGGCCCAGUCUGUGAGCCAUUCCUGCAUGGAGCUGGUGUUGUGGCGACCGCCCGACGAUCCCUUCUGUCGCAGGCGGAAGUUCACAGUGCAGAGACAACGUAAACAGCAGAUCGCAUCUCAGCAACCGCCAACCCCGUGUUCAUCGCCCACCCCUCCCAGUGCCCACAGCUCCUCCAGUGCUCCUGCAGACGCACACUCUUCUCUGUACGUCUUUCCUGUGGCCCACUGCUCGGGUGAGGAGGACAUGGAAAUGUAGUAGUGCUGGAUGAAUUGAAAAGACAUGCCAAAGUUAAAGACUGGAAAUGUGGUCGCGCUAAAGACCACGAAGGACUCACUCGAGGUCGGUCAGUCUGGCACGGCAUGUUGUGAAUGUGAGUAUGGUGCUGUAUGGACAGUGUGCGACCCAUUUUCUGCUUCAGUAACUCAGUUUAGGUUCUUUGGUCAUAAUUCUAUUCAACUAUAUGUAACCUGUUACAAAAAUGUUGACCUAAUUAAUCAGCUUUACUCAUGUGAAUCUGUUUGUGACGGUCUUAGUUAACCAAUUUUGUACCAAUUAGCAGAAUUUACUUACGUCUCUUAGAUAUUCGAUCAUUUGUACAGUAUUUUGGCGACGGCCGGCCAACAGCAGACUGAUGUGCUGUAAAUAUGACGUUUUUUGUUAAACAUCAGUGUGUAGCAUUUGCGUUUUGUACAAUUUGAAUUGUCAGCUUGUGAGCUUCGUUAACAGGAGCCAAAGUCCUGCUCCUGUGUUUUAUCUUCACGUCUGCUCAGCAUGACGUCCUGCUUGCUGUUGUACUUGUUGUGGUAGAACGAUUAUCUUUAGUGCUUUGUAAGUACGCAAUCUCUGAGCCAUGAGAAAUUUGUUACGACGUCCUGACGAUGUACCGUUUGAUGAUUUUAUUCUAUUUUGAUAUAUACACUACCACUUUGAAACCA